AUGUCUAUGUUAAGUGCAGAUGAACUCACAGCAGUGAAAGAUGCAUUAGAAUUGGCCAAGUUAAAAACAGCACUAAGGGAAACUGCAGAACAGCACUCAGAUACAGUCAGAUCCUUAUGGAGCUGGAUAGGAGAUGCAUGGAGAAGAGCAUUUCCAUCACUGGACCUGUCUUCAGGACAGUUUCCAGAAUCUCUUACACAAUUACAGACCCAAUUAAGGAAACUGGUGAUUCUAACUAGCCUCAAUAAACCAGAUUUGAACACGCCAUGGGAAAAUUCAGAUGUAGAAGGGAUAGUCAAAGUACUAGUAAGAAAUGCCCCCGAUGGCUACAAAACGCAGCUUCAAAACCUCAUUGCAGGGUCCAGCACUGCAGAGGAUGUUAAAAAGAAAAUCCAACUGCACCAAGACCUCAGAAAAGAAAUUCGCCUUCACCUUCCCCCGCACUCCUCGCUUCAAUAUGGCUGCCCCCAGGGAAGGCGAGGGCCACGGGGAACGGGCAGAUCCCACAUCUCUUCCCGCGUGGAUCGCAGCGCGGAGUUCAGGAGAUGGAAGGCGCAGUGUCUGAGCAGAGCGGACCUCAGCCGGAAGGACAGUGUGGACCAGGAUGUGGCUGAGCUUGUGCAGCUCCUGAAUGCGCGAGAAUGGUGUUUUACCACCAGCUCCUGCAUCCUCCUCCUCGAUAUACAUGGCUUUGAGGUUCAGAAACAAAACUGUUGCUGGCUCCUAGGUACACACAUGCCUUGUGUAAAAGGCGAUGCUAUUGUAGCUCUGAAAAAAGCGAAUGGUGAUGCCAUUUUGAAAUUUGAACCCCUUAUUCCUCAUGUGCAGGGUCGAGAGUUGCAAUCUGUGGCGAUGGAUUCUGGUUUCAGGAGCUCGGGCAUCACAGUGGGAAAGAGAGGAGAGACUAUGUUGGCUGUCCGGAGCACACGUGGCUUAGAGGUUCCAUUAAGCCAGAAGGGAAAACUGAUGGUAACAGAGGAAUAUGUCGACUUCCUACUAGAGGCAGCAAAUCAAAAAGUGGAUGAAAACAAGAAGAGAAUGGAAAGGUUUUACAACUGCCUACAACAUGCUUUGGAAAGAGAAAGAAUUACUGACUUACAUCCCAAAGAGAAAAUCAUCAAGAACAAUAAUUCAUAUUCUCGUAAGAAAAAAAGAAACAGAGAAAAAGCAUGUGGCAAAUGUGUUACUGAAGUCAAUGAUAAAGAACUUGAACAUGACGAUGAUCCUGGAGUCAAUGUUACUAUCUUCCCUGAAGGUUACUGAGAUUUGGUUCUACAGUUUCUUUGGUAAAAAGAUGUUUCUAAUAAUUAUUACAAAACUGCUCUUUAUAAAAGUAUUUUAGUUUAUUGAGUGUAUCAGACAAUCAGAAAAGCAAGAUUUAAUUUUUCUCUAUAUUUUAGAGGCACUCAUAAACAUAGAUGCCUUUUUAAAAUAGCUGUGUAUAAUAUUUGCUCAUUAAGUACCAUCUUUUAAAUUACAGAAAUUCAUUACA